AGAGGAAAAGAAUGAGGUAGUAGUUGUAGUCAUACUGCCACGCACAGUGGAGCAAGGAAUAUGAAUUGGAUUGAGAUGCGUAGGCCUUACGUUGACUUUGACUCUGCUGUAAAGAACAUUAAAAAGGGAAUACUAAUGGAGCUGACGGGAUUGUUGAUGAGUUCAUGAAAUAAAUAUAGAGAUGUGUUGUUGAUGAAGUUGAGCAUAACUGCAGUAAACAAGGUUUACAUGAACUUUUUGAAACAUAUUUCAACAAAGUAUAUUCAAAAUGCCCUUAAGGAAGCAAGCAGAAGCUCUAGAGCAUAUGUGUUUUGUGAAGGUGGCUCAGACAAUUCACUCUCUAGCUGUUCAGUUAGAAGAAGACCCAGAAUGUCACAAAAUGUCAACAGAAAAACUCUCUGCCAUGGUAUCAGCUCUGCCAGCAGUGAUUAAUGAGAACAUGAUUGUUAAAGUCAUUGAAACCAUCCACAAAACCUUCAGUAGAACACGACGGACAGUUGGCAUGAAGACCUGCCUGGAGGUGUUGCUGCAGAAACAUGUGCAGAGGCUGGAACUCAAUGGACUCUUCUUUAAAAUGAGACUUCAGGGCACUAUAAACAGUACCAUUAGAAAUAUUGUGUGUGCACAAGUGACCACCAUGAGAAACCUGAUGACCCUUAACAUGGUCAGUAAGUGCAGUGAUGAGAUCCUUUGUGUUGUGAGUGAAAAGUGCCCGGAAGUGAGUGACGUCAAUGUGUCAAUAUCAGACCUUGUCACAGAUGCUGGUAUCAAAGCACUUGCAAAUGGUUGUCCAAAACUAGAAAAUUUGGGUAUAUAUAAAUGCUGGAACAUUACAACAGAAGGAAUUGCUUAUGUAUUGAAACACAGCAGAAACUUGAAGAAGUUGAAGUGUGAUCAGCUGGGAGCAGUCUUGAUUAAUGAGUUCAGUACAAGCAAGAGCACUUUUAAGCUUAUUCACUUUGAACAAACUCAGACAUUGUUUGAACCCACAGCUGAAGAUAUCAGGUGGGUAGGGAAUGCUUGUCCCAACCUUGAGUCUGUCAGCUUGUUUGUGGAUGACAAGAACCUGUCUCUGGUGCCUCUCCUUGGGCAAAUCAGAGUUCUUGAAGUAGAAACUGGAGUGAUGCCUGGUGAUGGCUUUAUUGAGGCCAUAAAGUACCUGGGCAACUCCCUCCAGACUCUGCAACUCAGUUGUAACAAAGUGCAGCAAGAGGUCAUAGUGGUGUUGGGAGAGUGUUGCCCAAGCCUCACAACUCUCCAUCUGUCCACUGCAGCCCUGGAGGGAGAUAAAUUACUUGCAAACCCUGGCCAAUUAUUUUCUGGUCUUACUGUUCUCCAUCUCCAAGUUUGGAAGGAAUCUGUCUUGAGCAACAAAUGGGUUGACUUCUUCCUCUUGUGGUGCCGAAAGUUGGAAUCUGUGUUACUUAAGGCAGAAGUGGGAUUCCUCACAGACGAGUACUUGAGUGCUUUGCUUGCAGUCAACCCACUCACUGAGGCCAAGUACAUUGUCAUUGCAUCAGAUGAGUUUGUACCACUUACUUUGGAAAGUGUGCACAGGUUGAUGUCUUCAUGUCCAGCUCUGGAAAAUUUAGGUUUGUCAUCGUGGAACAUCACUGAGGAAGAAUUUUUCCAGAUCAGAGAUGACAUUAAGACCAACAACUAUAACUUAAACAUAUCCUAAGAUAAAAUAUUCUGAGUGAUGGAAGAACUCAUGCUGGGCUAGCGUUGGAGGGAAGCCAGCAUUACCUCGAGAACAGCUUUGAAUUCCCUGAUCUUGCCAUUUGUAUUAUGGGCAUACUUGCUCCAUGAAAGACUCAAGGGAGUAAAACUCUUGUGCAGCUUCA